UUGGCGAGUUUGGCGGCGAGGCGACGCGAAGCGCGAAUCCCGAGACUCAGUCUUUGACGGUGAACUGAAGCGCGAGCAUCCUUCCUUCUUCCUUCACCGUCAACGAGCAUCAACACUCCGCGCGUUCGCCGACACCGCACUGUCCAUGUACACUGCCAACCCCGUGCUCGGCCCGCAGAUGCAGACGGCGGCCUGCCGCCCCCUGGUGCCGCUGCUGGUGCUGGCCGCCCUGGGCAGCCUGGCCGCGGUGCAGGCCUUCACGCACGCGCCGCCGCCCUGGAGCUCCUUGAGGGCCUUGAGGGCGCGCAGGUCCAUCGAGCUGCAGCAGCAGCAGCAGCUGGCGCCAGACCCGCGCGUGCACGUGCAGGCCGAGCAGCAGCUGCGCCACCUGGAGCAGAUCAGCCGCGCGCACCUGCAGAACUGGGCGGCGCUGCAGCGCCAGCAGAUGAAGCCGCGCGUGCCGGCACGGCCGGAACCGCCGAAGGAGCCGACUCAGCCGAAUGAUGGCGGGGCAGCCCCGCUGGACGACAGGACGGAUGCACCUGCGGUUCCUCCAUCCUCAACGAAGAUGCCGAUUGCCCAGCACAGCGGAGCCACCAACGAAUUAGACACAGACGGGCCGCCGUCCAAGUGCGUGUGGGCCAUCUUGACGUGCUGCCAGCCCCAGUCCGCCGCCGUCCGGUACUCCUGCUUCGAGCUGCUCAACUGCCCCGGCGCCUUCUGGGACGGCAGCCCCUGCGAGGCGGCCGUCACGUCGGCGGCCCUGCGCAGGGCCAACAAGUUCUACAGCAAGACGCCCUAGCUCCCUGCGCCUUGCCUGCGCCCCACCCGAGGGGGGAACAGCUUCCCACAUUCGUUGUACAAAAUUUGACUACAUUCCACAUUCAGGUGGUUAAAACGCCUGUAAGUAGGCAACAUGUGUGGCAAAAACGCCCGAAAUCUUGCACAUUCUUGCACAUUUACACAAUCAUUGUACACAAAAUUUUACAGUGGGUCACCCCUCGGCCCCACCCACCCAAAUAAAGACAAGCCUCAACCCGGUCCCGCUUCCCUGUGCAAUAAAGACUGCCCGUAAAUUGAUAAGGUAUUUGGCUGAGUGCCACUUCGAAGUUUCGUCGAAUUGUUCUUAAGCUUCAUCCCACUCGGCCAGAAGUCUAAGGGGCGCCGACCGAGCAAUGGUGAUCCGUGGACGUGCGGUUGAUUAUUUUGAAAGUGUGAUGCCAACCUUAACAAGCUGGCCGUAAUGGAUAGGAAAUGGGGGAAAUGAACAAUUUAGCAUGCAUAAUAGCAGAAGAAAGAAGCGGGGAAAUGUAGAAAUGAAUAUUCGGCAAAAGAUGCUUCGAAAACUUAUUAUAUGUAUUGGUAGAAAGGUGAGAGCUCCUACAUGUUUGAUAGUGUAAGUUUGUGACUGUGGGAUGGGGCAUUUUACUGCCAACAUAGAAAGAAAAAAAAUGUUGGAAAAGAGGAGUCGUGUUUGAAAGAGGGGAUGAGAAUAAAGAAAUGUUAAUAAGGAUAUAAUAUUGUACAUCAGUGGUAGAUAAUGGUGCGGACGGAGUGUGCAAAAAAUGUGUUUGAAUUAAAUAAAAGUUCUGAUAUUUUCUGAAA